AGAUAUGAUCUGUCACCGGGAUCCAGCUCAAGACAGACGUCUUUACCUGUCAUCAGGUGUCAUGUAUAAACCCCAUCAGAUUUAAUGGCUAAAUGUGUCAUUUGCUUCAUCAAAAUAUUAUGCAUAGACUGAUAUUCGUAUUUUUAUCCAUAGCUGAGUGAAAUCAAAUGUAAAUCAAAAGUAGAUAUCGUAGGCUAUAGAAAAGGGCGUGUGUUAAUCAGCCAGCUAUCAACCGGUAUUGCACCUGCACCGUGGACUUUUUUAGAUUCAAUUUAACCGGUUUCCGGGAGUCCUCGAAUGUGUAAAAUGACAAGAGUACUAUCAUGAGUGACAAGGAGAAAGCCAGGGCUUUGGCAUGCAUUGGAAACUUUGUGUCAAACAGCAUCAGAAAAAACAGCGGUCAGCAUCUUAUCUCUUCCAGCCGUGUGUUCCCGGGCAGUGACACGACCCUCGCAUGCCAGCAGAGGACGGGGCUCGGGGAAAUUGUAGAGGACCUCAGUGAGAGUGUGGAGCAGGGUGUAUCCGGACCGCAUACAGAGUGGGGCACCAGCAGCAGAGGAAUUGCCGAGGCUCCAGAGGGAGGGCAGGCCCCCUCAGGGAACAGCAGCAGCACGGCAGACAGGAGCGCCGCAGAGGAGAAGAAUGCUAAACAUCUGAAAACAGCUUCAUCUUCCCCUUUUGGCAAAAGAUCAGUCCAUAAGUGUGACCGUGCAGCUACAAAUCAGCUUCUGCAGGUUUACCUGGAAGAGACAAACCUGAGCGGCAGCCCAGAGACGGACAGCCAAGCACAGGUCAUACAGACUGCUGUGAAGGUCCACUUGCCUGUUGUUUCCAAACCUUUCAAGGCAGAGUUUGCAGAGCUCGAGAACAGGUCAGUAACACGCCUCGCUGGGGCUCAAAGUCAUCGCGUUUCCCUAGUCUCUUCAGAGGAGGGAGACACUGAAGCCAUGGGGCGGAAGAAUUCAGGGAGGAGGCGGUCCCGAAAGAACUCCCAGGGGGACAAGGAGAAGGACAGCCCAACGAAUGGCCCCCCCACAGGACUGGUUUUACCUGAGCCAAGUAGCCCACAGGACCUCAAGGGGGAACCAGCAGAUGCUCAUCACUCAGAUUCCCCCCUUGCCACACCCAUUUCUCCAGCCCCUGGUGAUCCGGAUGCUCUGGAAGGGGGCGCAGCAUCACACUGGCCUCGCCUGGCAGCAGAGGAGAGUCCCCCUGAGGAUCGGGUGGAGAGACGUACUGAGACCGCCGAGUCCAAACGCAGAAGCAUGAAGGUGUCAUCCACACAGAAAGUCUUUGCCAAGAAAGUGCUUGUGAACUCUGACCUGAGCCCAGAGAGGGACAGCUCUGUGGAGGAGAGGCUUAAAAAAGAGAGUGGGAAAAAUGGUGGAACUAGGAAGAAGUCAGAGAUUAAAAUUACAACAAAUCUGAAAAAUGAAACAUUACAAGUCAAGCCCAUCCGAGCCCCUGGAAAGAUCGCUGAUAGAAUCAGCAUGUUUGAGGGACAGGCUGCCAUGCAAGCCAAAAGUUAUCAUGGCACCCAGAGUGUGGAUGGACCACCGAAGUCAGCCAGGACGUUUGCACAGAAGGCAAAGGUAGAUUUAAACGUGGACAUCCCAAACACUGGAAAAGUAGAAAGGAAGUUACAGUCAUCUGACAGCAAGGUUGACAGUGAUGAGAGGUCAGAGGUCAAGGAUCAGGGGCAUGCAGUUGCAUCUGUACCCUUAGGUAAAACAAGGAAGUUAAGAGAUCCAACUAAGUCAAUUUCACCUCCACCCACUGAAACCAAGGCAACAAAAGCAAUACCAUUUGUGAAGACCUUUGAGGACACCCAUGAGAGAAAAAAUGACACUGGUAUAGAUGAUAGUCCAACUGGUGGGGCACAAACAGGUGCUGUCACCCCACAAGAGAAAGUCACAAAUACAGUGAAGCCCAGAAUCCAAAAAAGUACGUCCUCUAUAAUGGUGGCACCAGGACUGGGAAGAGACGCCUCUUUAACUGCCAGCUUUGUUUCCUCAGACAAUCAGCCUUACCCAAAGACACAGCGCAAAGAGACCUCUGAGCCAAAAGAUUUGACUGUGAAAGAUAUACCUCCUGCCUCUCUGCAUAUAAAUGAGCCAAAACCCACAGAAGACCUAAAGGGAUUAGACUCUGCCAGUGAGCCUCCAACAACUAAACAAGCCAGAGAACCCUCUCCAAAUAAAGGAUAUGCCAAGUCAGCCUCUAGAUUUACCAGACGUAAAAACAAGGAUAGUCUUAAGACUACAAGUCCUAACAGGCUCAGCAAACCUGAAGGAGAAUCUGACUCUGAUAUGAGUGGUAAUUCUAUGAUGGACCAACAUAAAGUUAGUACAGUACCUGAACAAGAAUCUAAAGCUAUUGGAAUAUCUGUAUCAGAAUCAAGGAUCAUUUCAGGACUUGAACCAGAAUCAGAUACCAUUACAGCACCUGAACCAGUAUUAAAGUCGUCUCCAGACCCUGAAUUGAACUGGAAGACAGUUGCAGCUUCAAAGCUGGACUCAAAGAUUAUUAUACCACCUAAGUCUGACUCUGUGUCAAAGACAAGUAAACCAGUUGAUUCAGAAUCAAAGCCUAUUGCAGCUUCUGUUACAGUUUCAAUGACCAGCACAAUAUCUGAUCCAGACUCAGAGAUCAGUAUAGCUCUUGAUCGAGACUCAAAGACUAAUAUAGUGACAGCUGCAACUAGGUUUUUGGAUAGUGUGGAUGGUAAAAUUAAUUUGCACAAUAAAAAGAGUGAAGUACCAAAGUAUAAAUUGUCUGAAACCCCAGAAGCACACACUGCACUUAGAAACACUAAGGACAGUAGCGAGAAUCGACCCACCCAUAGGAUUAGGAUAACUGGGCCUGAAACCAGAGCAAAGAAACCUAUGCUAACUUCUCCACAUGAAGUGAAAAAACAGGACACACUUACAGAGGAAAUGUCAGCAGCUGAGCCAGCUGUGGAGGUUGAUUCAUCUAUGUCAAUCAUGCAGAUGGACAAGGUAAAGAAACCCCUCUCCAAAGAGUCCAUAGAAAAAGCAAGAGAAGAUCAAAGUGAGAGCAGACCUAAGAAAGAAAAGACCAGUCAGGACACAGAGACAGAAACGGCAAUACAUAUCCAGCAGGAAACCCUGUUGAAAGAUGGCUGUGAUCAUACUGUGCAUGAUGUGAACAAGCUACCAACAGCAGGUCACGCUGAGAAAAAUAAACUCAAAACUAACGCCGGCUCCAGAAAACCAAAACAAGCUAUCAAAUCCCCAGCAUCUAGUGAAACACAAAGUCAGCAAAAUGAUUCCAUAAACGAUUCCAGCUUUAGUAUAUCUGAGACUAAGGGAUUGACUGUACCAUCAAGUGAAUGUAAAAUUAUGGACAGCAACAGCUCCCAAUUAAUAAAAAAACAGACACAGACAGAAGAACAAGGCUUAGUGAAGGCACAGAGUGAGAGUAUGCUGGUGGAAGAGAAUCAGGCAGAUAAGGCUGACCCAAAGAGUGAGAAUGCUGCACCAGGGAAGAGCUCAACUGAACAGACAGUAGUUGUGGCAGCAGCAGAUCAGGCUGCACCUGUAGAAGGGGUUAGUGAGAUAUUGAGACAAGUACCUGCUGAUGCCAUGAGCUGCCCCUUAGACAACCAAAUAUCUGGUAUAGAAAGCAGUCAGGAUAAGACUGCAUUUCCAGCACAAAAGCAGAAACCAUCACGUUCUUUACAGAAGAGCUGGGAGGCAAGUGGAGACCUUAAGUCUGACACUUUGCCUAAAACCCCCAAGGCAGUUUCAGAGGUAGAUGAGGAAAACAAAGCUCCAUCUGCCAGUCAAUCACAGUCCAAAAAACUUGAAAAACCACAAAAGUCACCUAAUGAAAGCUUAAAGCAGAGUGAACAUGCAGUUAUACCGCCUGUCUCACCUGUACUACGCCCACCUGACCCUGCAAAAAAUAAUAUUGAUACCAAAGUAAAAAUGGGGCAAAAGAUGGAGAGUAAAAUGGGGAAAGAAACAAAGGGAAAGUCAAGCAGCACCCAGACACUUGUCAAUGGUGCACACCAACAUGUCCUGGAGUCCACCAAGGAUGAAGCUUUGUUUCUCUCUGAUUCAGUUAAGGAUACAAAGACAAUAUCAGUUCCCAAAGAAAUCGAAGGAACAACAUCCAGUACCUGUUCUCCUGCGAGAAAAAAUCUUCUUGCCUUCUCAGCUGGACAAGAUGCUCCAUCCAGUUGGCUAGAUGUGGACUCCACAUUAAGGGGACAGAAGCAAACAAGCCCUUGGAACAAACUUAGCCCCUCCAUCAGUGAGAACAAUCUACUGGACACAUCAGAUGAGUUUGAGGACUUCAUUAGUAAAAUUAAAUAUUUGGGUGCACCUUUCUCCUUACCUCUGAGAAAGCACAGUGAUCUGAAAGCUCCCCCUCCCCCCUUUGUUAUGCCUGCAAUAAAGGAAGACCUCCUUGAAAAGCACUUUGACCCUGAGGAGUUUCAGUUUGGCCUGAAGAAAAACAGGAAGGGCCAAUCCCCUGGGAUGUUAGUCAAACUUCAGAGUGCAGAAGUCAAGAGACAGAUGAAUCCCAAACGGGCCAGUACUGAAAAUAGUUUGAUCUUCAAAUCCUGCGAGAGUCCCUCCAGGUUUAUGCGGGAGAACCAGAAGACUGAGGAGGAAGUGACGGUGAAGGAAGAAGAGGAGUCUGAAAAGGGAAAUUUGCACCUGGGGAGGCGCUCUAUGCUCUUCGACCUUGUCAACUCACGCUUUCAGGCACCCAAGCCCAGUGAUCAAGUUGACUCAACCCUGAACAAGGAUGUGCCUUCCAUUGAGACCACAGAGCCCUUCCUGCCAGUGCCACUAACUUUGCCUGUCACUCUCCUUCCUCGGAGGAACAAGGAUUCGUCUAAUCAGCCUAUUGACCAAGGUCCCUCCCCUUUACCUGCACUCUCAUCCUGCUAUGAUGACCAACCAGUGGAUUCCCUGGGGAAAUGCCUUCCGCAAGAGCUGAGAAAAGCCCAGCUGCUGCCAGGCACUGUUCCGCAGAGUCUGAAGCCUGACUUUGGGGUCAGUGCUCCUGAACCUGGUGGGACGGAUGCCUCCUUAAGUACAGGCCUUCACAUGCUGGACAGGGAACCCACUGCUGCCCCUGGGCCAUGCCUUUACGAGGCUCCAUCUCCUCUGCAGGGCCUCUGCAACAUGAAUGCUGAUGCACAUGAGGAUACUGGAGUCUACAAACGCCCAGGAAAGAUUGUCAUUCAUGAGCAUGCUCAGUUAGCUGGAAAGGCUUUUGAGAUCUUUCGGGACAUGCCAGAUGCCACCUCAUUGAAACUGUCACCUGUUAUUUCUGUAAGAGUGGUAAGAGGAUGCUGGCUGCUCUAUGAGAUGCCUGGGUUCCAGGGCCGGACCUUUGCUCUGGAGGAGGGCACCGUACAGCUGGUGAACGAGUGGGCCAAUGAACCGCUGUCCGCCCACUCUGUCCCUACAGUCCCAAUGGUGAUUGGGUCUAUCCGGCUGGUUGUCAAAGACUACAGCAUUCCCAGAAUUGACCUGUUCACGGAGCUGCAGGGGAUGGGCAGGAAACUGACCUUUGAGGACGAUACAGUGGAGGUGUGCGCAUUUGGAAUUCCACAGAGCACAGCCUCCAUCAAGAUCCACUCUGGGACGUGGAUGGUCUUUGCUGAUCCAGGGUUCAAAGGUGUGCUGUCAGUGCUGGAGCCUGGGGAGUACCCCUGUCCGGAGGCUUGGGGGUUCCCCACACCCUAUGUUGGAUCUCUGCGGCCCCUCAAAAUGGGUGGACUAAAGGUGGAAAAUACAGCUGAAAUAAAGGCGCUGCUGUAUGAAAAGCCUGGUUUCGAGGGCCAGUGCUUGGAAGUCGAUAGCCAACUAGCUAGUUUUGGAGGAAAACUGGAGAACGAGGAUUCAAAUGCAGAGAGCCCGACCUCGCCCACACGGAAAAUCCCUUCUGUGGGCUCCAUUAAAAUUCUUGGCGGACUCUGGGUAGGGUACAGCCAGCCUCGCUUUGAAGGUCACCAGUACAUCCUGGAGGAAGGAGAAUACUUUCACUGCGGUGACUGGGGAGGUGCCAAUAACACACUGCUAUCACUGCGACCCAUACUCACUGACUUCCAGUCUCCGCACCUGAAGCUGUUCAGAGAGAGGGACUUCGGAGACAGGGCGCUCAGCAUAGACCUCUUCGGACCGAUGGUGAACAUGGAGCCGACCACGUACGGGCUGAAGACACAGUCCAUCGACGUCAUCGGGGGCGUGUGGGUGGCUUUUGAGGAACUGGGCUUUUCUGGAGCAGCAUAUAUUCUGGAGAAAGGCCAAUACUGCGGCCCAGAGGACUGGGGUGGCCAGAGCUCCACCAUCGCAUCCCUACAGCCAGUCUUCCUGGAUGAUUUUGGUGCUGUAGCCAAAUUUAAGGUGCAGUUAUUUUCUGAGCCUGAGUUCCAGGGUGAUGUUCAUGUUCUGGAAAACAGUGCCCCCUUGCUGCCGGAGGGAUUCUCUGUGGGUUCCUGCAAAGUGCUGUCAGGCAGCUGGCUGGGGUUCGAAGGUGUGGAGAUGGAUGGUGGCAUGUACGUCCUAGAGGAGGGAGACUACCCCAACCUGAAGGCCAUGGGUUGCAUACACCCCGACUCCGCCGUUUGCUCCCUGCAGACUGCUGGCUUUGAGUUCUCUCUUCCCUCUGUCACACUCUUCUCUAAGCCCAGUUUCACAGGAAAGAAGGUGGUUUUGAAUGAGGCCGUGGUGAACCUGCAGCUGACUGGAUGUGACGGCAGAAUCCAGUCAGUGGUGGUGGAUGGAGGGAUGUGGGUGCUGUACGAGGGGUGUAACUUUCGCGGACGUCAGAUCCUGCUGCAUCCCAGCCAGGUGAACGAUUGGUGCUUGUUCAGCAGCUGGCAGCGAAUAGGAUCCCUGCGGCCACUUGUACAGAAAAAGGUGUACUUCCGUCUGAGAAAUAAUGCGACAGGCUUACUGAUGUCACUGUCGGGGACCCUGGAAGACAUUCAGCUGAUGCGUGUUCUGGCACUAGAGGAUACAGGUGGAAUUGAGCAAGUCUGGAUGUACCAGGACGGACUUCUGAAGAACAAGAUGCUGGAGGGCUGUUGCCUAGAGAUAGGUGGCAGCAUCGCCAUGGCAGGCAGCAGGCUCACCUUUGUGUCUAAGCCUGAGAAGGAGAAGCAGCUGUGGAGCAUCACUCAGGACGGGCUUAUCCGCUGCAGCAACCACCCUGACCUGGUGCUGGAGAUCAAAGGGGGUCAACAGUACGACAGGAAUCAAGUCAUUCUCAAUACAGCUGAUGAACACAAAUUGAACCAGAGAUGGUGUGUGGAAAUCCUGUGAGGAGCAGAAGAGAAGAGAACUUGCCCCAGUGCUCUGUGGGGCUGUUCAACUGUGGGCCCUGAGCUUAUUGAUCAGCGUGCAUUUAUUGAUCUUUGCCAAACAGGCCAGGAAACCCACAGGAUUCCACACUCACAGGAAAGCUGGGACAAGACAAGACUCAAUAUAUGGCACUCCUUAUGAUGGAGGAAAAUAUUAUAUUUUUUCCGCAAAAGACAUAAUGAAGGCGCAGUUGUGGAUGUACUGAAAGAAUGGGAAGAAUACAUCUCUACAGCUGACAUUAAAUUAAAAACAGCACUGCUGCUUCAGUUCAAUACACGAACAGACUUUUAAACUAUAUAUAUUUACCUUUUCAGUGUUUGCACCGUGGAGGAAUAAUGCUAUUCCAUCAGUGUUAUUCAUGAUAAGGGUACGACAGUAAGAGUAAUUACCAACAGGAACAUUUUGAAAGGCAAAUUACGUUUUUCUGUAUUUUUGGUUUAUUGUAAGAAAAUGUGUCUACCCGUGUGCUGUCUGAAGUUUUUUUUUUAGGCUUUAUUUUUCGUAGAAGUGUGUGAAACUGGGUUUGUGGAACAGGAAAGUGGAGGCUCGGACUGUAUUCAUGUCACUUUAGUCACCUUGUCUGAGACACGUUAGCCUGGUUCACUCUCCAUCUCUCCCUGUCUGAGUUAUUCAUUAAUAUUCUGGAAGGAUUCAACCUCCAGAUCCAGACAGAAUGUUACUGUUUUUAUAUAGGCUACAUGCAUAUUAUGGAUUCUUACUCUCUUUUUAAAAACUCAAAUAUAGAUAGAUUAUUCUAGAAUGUGCUCCUCUGCUGAUAUGUUUAAAUAUAUAUAUAUAUAAUGACCAAAUAUAAAAUUGAUUACUUUUUUCCCAUUUUACCUGAUGUGCUUUACGGGCAAGUUCUUCGAGGGAUAAACAUUAACAUUUUUACAUUAAACAGUGUUCUCUUAAAUACAAGGCUGUCUAUUGUACUGUAAAUGUAUACAGUUAGAGUACUGGCACAGAUUAUGGAAACACUGCAUUUAUAAAGUGAUUGUGAUGAUUAAAGCAAUAUUUUAGAGCAAUUUCUGUUUUUGGCAUAAAUGUAACAUGUAAUAAAUGCAAUAUGUACAUAAAACAAAAAUGAAUAAAUAAUAAGCAUAUGUGUUAAACAAGUAAUAAGCGUUACACCUUCCUAUAUGUAUUAGGUCAUACCUACAUAACUGAGCAGUCUAAUGUACCUUGCUGUUGGAAAUUUUAUAAUCACCUUGAACCUGUAUUUCUUUGUCCACUAUUUUUCUACAUAAAAUGAUAAUAUUCAUAAAAGACCUUUA